AUGGCCCGUCGUGCAGUCGUAGUUGAAACGAGUCGCAAGAAUUGGUCGUAUCUGGUCGUCGUUGUGUCGUCGUCGAAUUUGCUUACUCAAUAUCAGGAUGACUAUGACCUGGGAUGCGAUGCGGCUGCAGGACGCAAACAAACAGGGUUCCUCGCGUCGGCCAACGCACGGCACACACGGCGGUCUGUGGACCACGUUGCGCUUUGGGGGGGUGGGGAGUGGGAGGAAUGGAGGGGGGUUGGGCGUGUGCACUCCGUCGUGAGGUGUGGUUGA